UUGGGUUGCAAGUAAGCCAAAGCACCGGUUUGGCCGCUGAUGGGUUGACCUUUAUUUUCCUUCCCCUUGUCAAAUCAGCAAGAAGCAGAAGGACCCCUGCAAAAGAGCGGCAACGUACGAAGUAAUUAUAAGCAAAGCAAACCAGGGUUCGAGGAAAUUCAUCACUGCGAAGACGAAGCGGCCGACCAAACGGUUUGCGAGUUUCCCAUACAUUUGAGGUGAUUUUAAUUAGGUCGCAGCGGAGGAGCAUCUCUUUUUGUGGUGCUGCUUACACCAUAGACAGCCCGCGCAGCACAGUAACCCACCCAGAGCCCCCCAGUGAGAUCUCGGCACACCCACCGCAUUUUACAGCGCAUGUUGUAGGUGCAGAUUACGGGCAAAGGUCAGGUUAAAACAAGAACCGGCACAAGGAAGUCGAAGACAACGGAUCCCGAUCCAAAACUUGUCCCCUUACUUCAAGCUAUGCCGUUCGGGCGCGCAGGCAAAGGGCAGCAGCAGAGCAACAGCCCAGGUGCGUCGCCAGCACUUCAACAACAGCAUCAACAAAUCCAACAAGGCCUCUCCCAGCAGCAGCAGCAGCCGCUGCAGCAGCAUUCCUUAGCAAGCGGUGUCGCGCAGUCAUCAUCCGCCGUCUUCAGCCCCGUUGACGCACCUCCUAAAAAUCCCAUUCAGACCGUAUCGAUCAGACAGUCGAGUAAUUCCUCAUUCGAUUCGCGAUUUCAGCAGCAGCAGACACAACUGCAACAACAACCCAGCCCAUCGCCGCAGAUCGAGUUUGACCCAGUCGGCCGGAGCCAGAGCCAUCGCUUCCCUCACCAACCACCGCCUCCUGCUUACGCCGUUGCAUCGAGCUCUUUUGACGACCUCCAUUCCACACACUCGCUCGCUGUCUCAUCGCCACUAGUUCAGCAAGGACAGCACAGCUUUCCCACGUCGCCAUUGCUACAGCACCCCCAACAUCCCCAACACCUUCAGCAGCAGCCGCAGCCGCAACAACAACAGGCACCUCCAGUCGAGACUCGCAAAUCCACACGGAAGCUUGUUAAGAACAUCUUCUCCUCGAGCCGCAGCUCCGAUAACUCUUCACAACACCAGGCAAAAGGGUCAAUCGAUCAAACUCCUCAGGUUCAACGGCGAACCUCGCAGCGGGUAAGCCAGACUUUUCACGGUAGGAGCUCGGCCACUCAAGCGUCAUCGGACCACCAGCAGCAACAGCUUCAUCAGCUACACCAGCAGCAGCAGAAGCACCAGGCGCAGCAGCAGCAUUCCCCUGCUGACUGGCAAGCUCAAGUGUCGAACCCAGACCUAGCCCAGUUGAACGCGCGGGAUCCCCUUCGACUUGGGAUUCGUCAAGUUCAAACAGAUCUAGGACCUGCAUCUUAUAGCCAAAACGAUCAGGCCACGCUAUAUAAUCAUCAGCAGCAAUCGGGCUCUUCCCAGGAACUAUCUCGUCCCCAGGGCCAGUCACAAUUUGAUUCGUCAGGACACCAGCACCAACAGUUUCAGCUCCAAACACAGCAAUUCCAAAAUCAUCCCUCCGGGCCGCCUCCAGUAUAUACAGGUGGACACCUGGGGCCGAACCCAAACAAUCAAAACCCGGAGACAAUCUCUCAGCUUUCGCGCGACUCACCCAUUGCUGACUCGGAGCAGAUAGCUAUCAACUUGCACUCAAGUCAAAACUCCCCUGCAAUUAACUACCCUCCAAGCUCGCAAGACUUCUCGAACACUGGGACCCACCACCAACACCAUCAGCAGCAGCAGCAGCAUCAACAACAGGAUCAAGGUCAGAAUCAGGUUGCAAUUCAAGGUCAGGGUCAAACACAGCAGUCGCAGCCGCACCAGCAGCACCAAUCCCGUAAUCCCCAAGAAGGCGAAGACAUGCCCCCGCCUGGCCAACCAGGGCAGCCUCCGAUUCGCCGGUCGCAGGACAUCGAAAAGGGUAUGCGGGGUCAGCAACAGAUGGAACCCCCACCCGGCCCGCCUCCAAACUACAGGCACAGCCAAUCUUCCUCUGCAAACCCAAUGCAACAGUCUGGCCCUGGCGGCAUGCCUCAAAACUUUAGCAGAGGCGGCGCGUCUCAAGACCGUCAGUUUAAUGAUGCGCAACCGGGUGAGAGGACUAGCAGUCCUCAGCCCGAGGCUGUCGAGCCGGAUAAGGCCUUCAAAGAGCUACUGACCAAAUACAAGAACGUCAAGAGGUUGUACUUUGAUGGAAAGAACCAGAUCGAAGGACUCAACAACCAGGUUGAGCAAUUGCAAAAUGCGGUCGCGAACCAGCGCAUUUCACAGUCUCGCACGGCGCUCGAUGACAAUGAGUACACAACCCGGUUCAACCGCCUCAACGGCGCCAUUAACAAUCUGUCCUUCAACAUCCGCAAGGACUGGGUUAUGAUUCCUCCACUACUCGAUGGGUUCGUCAGCGCCGAUGCUCUGCGGACCGGCAAGCAGGAGAUGACGGCAGUCGGUCGGGCUGCCAUCACACACUGGGUUGUGGAGUUCGUUUUCAACAAGUGUUUCCACCCAGGUCUUCCACCGGACCUGUCGCGCGAGCUUAAGCACAUCGAGCAGAAUAUACGAACAUUCUCAUACACCUUGAACAGUCAAGAGGAGUAUGAUGCGCUCACGUCCAAGGUGGUCAGCUGGAGAAUGGCGACGCUCGAGGGUCUACAGCCAGUGCUGCAGUCGUCGAGGAGUGCGGAGCACCGCGUUGAAUUCACAAGAUUAGCAUCUGAAGGUUUAACCAACAAGCUAUUUGAACACCUGACCAACCCGCCCCCUCCAGGCGUGGAUGGCAGUGUGUCGAUGAUAGUCGAGCUCGCCGUCGGCAUUGCAGCCAAUUUACCCCUGGAGAGCCGUGACGUGGCAGUGACGUACCCGCAGCCUGGGUCGCAGAUCAACCCAAGCCUGAUGGAAGUGGAGAAGACGGGUCUGCCCGCUCUCGACUUGCAGGCGCCAGAGGGCGAAGGGGCAGGUGACAGCGACGAGCAGCAGGAAGACCGCACCGCGGUCAAGGACGGCAAAGCCGGACAAAAGAGCGGAGCCUCGCGCGGCGGUGACAAGGCAGCCAAGAGCGCAACAGCAGCAGCAGCAUCUUCAUCAGCGACAAACUUGGUCUCGAAAGAAGUGAGCAACAAGAUUCGGUAUGCUGGCUUUGUGGUCGUCGAGGUCAGGGGCCGACAGGUUCUGGUCAAGGCGCCCGUGUGGAGCAUUGCAUGAAGUCAAGAUGAGCAACAUGGUACACGGGAGAAUCACCGACAUUCACCCGUGGCUUAAGUCCUUGUUGGAGUCAAUGAAGCGUAUUCUUUUUCUGUCUUUUCUGUUUUGCUUAUCUUUCUUCUGAUAUCAUGAUGCCAAAAGACAUUUUUUAUCUUUUCUCUCACCCUUAAGUAAUCUAUGGUCACUUUGAUUUGGUCUCUCAUUAAGUCAUUUUGCCCUUCUCUUGGGCAUCCCUACGCCUGGGAAUUUUUGCAAACAAGAGCAGGCAGACCACUUGGACUAUGCUGAAGGAUUGACCAGGUCGUCGAUGGAUGGUAAACUUAUUCCUUCCAGGUGACAGAUUUGCAAUUUGAUUGCCCAUAUUCAACCUCAAAAUAUUUCAUCACAUCACAUUACCUGGAUGCCGCGAAUGAUGACGCUGCAGCUGAGGACUCUCACUAUUCCCUUCAUUCAUCUGCAGACUUGGCCCCAUUCAUGUAGCUGCUGCUUAUGUGAUAUGGUCGAUAUGAGGGGACGGCAAGCUUACAUCUUGUUUGUCACCGCCUUCCAAUUCAGUAUCACCCCUCCUCGACUCUGAAAGAUUCUGCCACCCCUCAACCCAAAAAGUCCAGGAUCAUGAACGGCUUGGUUUACAUGUGGUAGCUUCCAUGUUAUGCAUUGCAGCAUGCAAGAGUGCAGAGAUCAGGAAUAUCACCACUCAGCCUCAUCGUGACUGAAAGUGCUUUGCGUACUGAUGUCC